AUGACGAAACAUUUAUUGCAACAGCAAACUUGUCUUUACGUCUACGAUCCCCUGGCCCUACACCAUAUUUUCGUCAAGGACCAACAAUUCUACGAGGAGACAGAAGACUUCGUCCAGACGGCACGCAUGUUCUUCGGACAUGGACUCGGCACGGUCACUGGAGAAAGGCACCGUAUUCAGCGGAAAAUGAUUACCCCCUCAUUUUCAAUUGCCCACCUCCGAGAGAUGGGUACAUCAAACACGUUCUACGAAGUUAGUCACCGCCUCCAUGCCACCUUCCAAGAUCUCGCCAAGAACGACAGUCAACAGGUCGACGUCGUCGUGUGGAUGUCCUGCCUCGCUCUGGAGCUCAUUGCACAAAGUGGUCUCGGAUGUUCCUUCGAUACUCUUACCGCAGAAACCCAGGCUCAUCCCUUCGGAGUCGCCGCUAAGAUGCUUAUGCCACUCUCGUCAGACAUGUCACCCCUGCGACGGCUAUUCAUGCCAUUGGUUGGCAAAUUCGAGCGUUGGCCCCGCCUCGGACGUUUCCUGAUCAGCAUGGUGCCUACGAAGUCCAUCACCGAUCUCACCUUCGUGGUCGAUACUAUGAACAAGACAGCAGUUGAGGUGAUUGAGAGCAAGAAGGCGGCUAUUGCGGCCGGCGACGAGGCCAUGAAGGACCAAGUUGGCCACGGCAAGGACUUGAUUAGCGCUCUUUUGAGAGCCAACAUGUUCGCGUCAGAGCACGAACGACUGAAGGAGCACGAGGUGCUCGCUCAAGUUACCGGACUCACGUUUGCUGCCGUCGACACAACAUCGUCCGCGCUUAGUCGUAUCCUUUAUCUGCUCGCUACACACAAGGACGUGCAGGAGAAGCUUCGUCAGGAAGUCAGGGAGGCUCGCAAAGAGUCCGAUGGUCAAGACCUUGAUCACGACAAGCCCGCUGGCCUUCCUUACCUUGAUGCGGUCUGCCGUGAGACGCUUCGACUUUAUGCUCCGGUUACCAAACUUGACAGGGUAACGACCGCGGACACCAUCUUGCCGCUGAGCACCCCCGUCAAAGGCAUCAGUGGCGAAGAUAUAGACUCGCUCUCCGUACCCAAGGGCACGCACAUUAUCGUCUCCAUCCUAGGCUCCAACAGGAACCCGGCACUGUGGGGUCCAGAUGCAUUGGAGUGGAAGCCUGAGAGGUGGCUGAAACCCCUCCCGGAAACCUUGCUCAAGGCUCGCGUUCCUGAGUCAGUUCUCGCGACACUCCUCGAGGACAUCGAAUUCUCUGUCGGGGACAAGCCGAUUCACUGGCACAUGGGGAAUGUCACCACCCCUACGACGGUCAUAAACAGCGUCGCUCCUACCAUGCCCAUGAAGAUUCGAUACAUCGGCAAAGAGUCCGACUGA